AUUUAGACUGGAUUUACUUUUUGAACCCAAAACCGGCUUCUAACUGCUUUCAGCUUUCUCUUUCUUUUCCUCCAUUUCUACGUCUUCACAGAAUUGGAAAAGAGCAAAAUUUUUUUAGAAAGAAGCUGAGAGUGGUCGAUUCUUUUGACUAAGCACAGCCGGCUAAAGCCGUCUUUAUAUAAUAUAUAUAUAUAUAUAUGUGUGUGUGUGUAAUGUAUUAUCCGUGUGCCGUGUUAGUGUUAUACGCGUUGAACAGCCAAUUAAACUAUACCCCAGAAAAAAAAAUCCGAUCUUUCUUGGUAAUGAUCUUUCUCUCUUUCUCAAUUUCAAUCCGUAGAGGUUUUAAGGUACUUGUCAUCCAUUGAUUUGUAAUGGCUCUUUUUCUUUUUUGAUUUCGAUAUCUAUUAGUUUACUCGUAAUUGAAACUUGGGUACUGGGUGGUGACUUUGAAUUUCUGGUCCUCAUAGUCAAUUUUUCUAAAAGUUUAAUUCACGGGUCUUCAAUUUGGAUUAUUUGAUCAUCUGUGUGUUCAUAAACUGGUUGAGAUAAGUUUAUGGCUUAUAUUAAUGGAGGUGGCAGAAGGAGUUCUGGUUGAGCUUAUGUUUAACUUUUGGUAUUGAAUUUUGAUUUUGAAGGAAAUAUCAGAUAUAUAGGAUACUUUUUGGAUUUUGUUUUUCGGAGUGCAGCAACAUGGGUUGCAUUUCUUCUAAGGAUAGUAGGCCAAACAGCCCAAAAGAGAGGCUAUCACGUAAAGGAUCAUUGGACAGGCGUGUUGCUCAUGUUAAUUCAUCUAGAAGGGAUGAUGGGAUUCGGUCAAAGUCUAAAUCAGAUAGCGGAGAUGUUAAGGUUGUGCUAAUUGAUAAGAAAACAAAUGGUUCGAAUAGGUUACAUGAUGAUCAGAUAGAGAAAAAGCAAAUAGAGAAUCAGAUCGAGAAAAAGAAUGUAGAGAAUUGUGAAGUUGCUGUUAUAAGGCAUCCUCAGAUUGAGAGAACGAAGACAGAGAAGUGUGAUGUUUCAGUUUGUAGUCAUCCGGGUUGGGGAAGGGUGCCAAAGAGUUUGGAAGCAGAGCAGGUUGCGGCAGGAUGGCCAUCUUGGCUUGCCUCAGCAGCUGGAGAAGCUAUCAGGGGAUGGCUGCCUCGACGUGCUAAUACAUUUGAGAAAUUAGAUAGAAUUGGCCAAGGAACUUACAGUAAUGUUUACAAGGCCCGUGAUGUCACUCAUGAUAAAAUUGUAGCUAUAAAAAAGGUUCGGUUUGAUAAUAGUGAUCCAGAAAGCAUCAAAUUUAUGGCCCGUGAAAUUCAUAUUUUGCGUAGGCUGGAUCAUCCCAAUAUAAUUAAAUUGGAAGGCUUGAUAACAUCUCAGACAUCUUCAAGUUUGUACCUUGUCUUCGAAUACAUGGAACAUGAUCUUACUGGACUUGCCUCACUUCCUGGCAUCAAGUUCACAGAACCACAGAUCAAAUGCUACAUGCAGCAACUUUUAAGUGGACUUGAUCAUUGCCAUAGUCACGGUUUUCUGCAUCGUGAUAUAAAGGGUUCUAAUCUUCUUAUUGAUGACAAUGGCAUCUUGAAAAUUGCGGAUUUUGGCUUAGCAAGUUUCUUUGAUCCUAAAGGUAGUGCUCAAUUGACAAGCCGUGUGGUGACCCUUUGGUAUCGAGCACCAGAACUUUUACUUGGAGCCUCUUGCUAUGGAGUUGCUGUAGAUUUAUGGAGUACUGGUUGCAUUCUUGGGGAACUGUACGCUGGCAAACCUAUUUUGCCAGGAAGAACUGAGGUUGAGCAACUGCAUAAGAUUUUUAAGCUCUGUGGUUCACCUUCUGAGGAUUAUUGGAGAAAACUGAAGCUACCUCAUUCAUCUGUAAUCAAGCCUCAACGACCAUAUAGACGAUGUGUUGCAGAAACAUUUAAAGAUUUACCCGCUUCUGCAGUUGGACUUAUGGAGACCUUGCUUUCCAUGGAUCCAGCCAACCGUGGAACUGCAGCUUUUGCUCUUAGGGACAAGUUCUUCAGAUCAAAACCAUUUGCUUGUGAUCCUUCAAGUUUGCCCAAGUAUCCUCCGAGCAAGGAGAUUGAUGCUAAAUUGCGGGAUGAAGAAGCUAGAAGGCAAGGAGCAAUUGGAGUGGGGGGGAAUGGACCACGUGAAUCUGGUGCUGUUCUAGCAUGUAAUACCAAUUCCAAAAUAGCAACAUUGAUGCAGGAAAGACGACAUUCCAAUGCAAAUAGCAGAGGUGAAAUAUUCAACUCUCACAAGGGGCAAACUGUUUCUGGUUUUCUGGUUGAUCCUUCUAAACAAACUCAAGCUGCAAAAGAAGGGAGGAAAGAUUUCCCAGAGAAUCAACGCAAGAAGGUUUCUCAUUCCGGGCCACUGGUCCAGGGGACAGGCUGGACAAAGGCUGGAAAGGAUCUUGAUAAUCCUAAUGUGGCAUCAAUCAGAACCAACCUAUCAACCAUAUCUGGUUUAGUAGCAGCUAGAACUUCAUUGGCUGAUGAUCAGCAGGGAAAGCCUAGUAGUUCACAGCCAGAAGCAGUGAAACAGGUAGGUGGGUUUCAGGGAUCUUCAAAUGGAUUAGAGCCCACAACAAAGCAGAAUCAAAAACAUCAAGUGCGUAAGCCUGCAGAUUCUCCUCAGGCAGAUAGCGAAAAAUCCAGAGAAGCAAGUCUGUGUGGUCGCGGGCCAAGGGGAAGCAAGAUUUAUGUCUCUGGUCCAUUACUUGUUCCAUCAAACAAUGUGGAGCAAAUGCUCAAAGAUCAUGAUCGUAAGAUUCAAGAAUAUGCUCGAAGACGACUGGACAAGACAAAACAUGGGAAAAUGACUAUCCAGGCGAGGCAAUCAACUGAGAAUUUGAUGUACAUCUCUAAGAACUCAGGUGGAUAAAUCAACAAUGAAACCUCGACUUCUCUUUGCAAGGAACCGGCUUGACCGUUGGGAUAGCUAAUUACCUCGUGGCGCACUGUACAGAGGGUGCAUUUUCUUUAAAACCAACUAUUUUAAAUAAUUAUUUUGUAGUAUAUAUAAUGUAUGCCUUAGUAAUAUAUCUCUUAAAUUUCUACACAAAAAAUAGAAAAAUCAAAUCCAGGUCGAUUUUGAAGCCUCUUUUUUUCUUUGGAACAAUAUCGAAUGAAACAUUUAUGGAGGCAAGGUCUGUACCAUUUUUAUCCAUACAUCAUAGCAUAAAAGAAAAAUCAAUUAAAACCA